AUGUCCGACACAAUAUUGCAAAACUCAUUCUACUUUAGCAAUGUUUCCAACUCCAUCCUAUACGGUGUGGUCUUGAUGCUGUAUCUCAGCACCAUGCAAGCAUACCUCGAAAAACGAUUAGACCGCAGGCCCUCCGACAAGUUCUACAUGAUCUUCAGCACUAUAUUAGUCUUCCUUAUCACGAUCUUCGUGAUCACACGAUUAGUUUCGGGACAGGAGAUGUGGAUUAAUCAUCCAGGCUAUCCCGGUGGAGCGUCCGCAUACUUCAAUGCUAACAUGUCAGCGUGGUAUCUGACGAUGAGUGCGGUUGCGUCCACCAUGCUGCAGUUGAUGGCUGAUGGUCUACUCAUUCUGCGAUGUUUCACGGUCUGGCAUAGAAGUUACAGCGUGGUUUUCGUCCCCUGUUGCCUCUGGUUAUCGUCUCUCGGUUCGUUACUACUCACUAGUGCUUCCCCGAAUCACGAUUUCUAUGAGGGGCUGAAGGCACAUGUUGGAUUGGUGUAUAUCUGCUUGACCAUUGGCCUCAACGUCCUUGCUACCUGUCUCAUCUGUGGCCGCAUAAUAUUUUGUGCAAGGCGCAUGCGACAUCAUUUUGGUGGCGAAGCUUCGAGGGAUUACUUCACUGUAGUGGCCAUUGUUGUCGAGUCUGCCAUACCAUACACAUUAUUUGGGAUCGCGUUUCUUGUGUCAUUCGGCCUUGUCAGCUAUUCCUCAAUUAUCUUCCUCUCUUUGUACGGAAUGUUUACUUGUAUUUCCCCUCAAAUGCUGAUUCUUCGCGUUGUGAGGCGAAGGGCGUGGACUGCCGAGGUAGCAGAGUCAACGGCUCUGGCUUUCGCUACUCAGUCGACUACAGCCCAUUCUACCACAUCCACUAGUAGCUCAAUGGUUUAA